GGGGCCCGCAGCUUGUCCCGCGCGGGCCGCUCUUUCUCUGUGGGCUGUGCUUUGUGUGAACCAGCGGCGAGCCGCCGCCGGGCUCCGCACCCGCCUCCCCGCGCCCCCUCCUAGGUGAGCGGCCCGGCGCCGCUGGGCGAGUUGCCGGGACGCCAACUUGGGCCGCGCGCUGGGAGCCCGCGCGGCAACAGGCGGCCCCCGGCGGCGGCCCCGGAGGCUCCGGGCCGGCGGCGCCGCGCCCCCCGCGUCCCCUCUCCAGCCGCCGGCACGCGCACACACGCACACACCCUCGGGCUCUUUUCACGGUGUUCGCGGCAGAAGCCAGAAGUUCGGAGUGAGCGCGGGCGGGGAGAACUGCCGCCGCCUCGGAGCCGGCCGGAGACCCCAGCGCCGCUCCCUGAUUGCCCCCACGGCGCCGCCACCCCGCGAGGCCCGCCUGGGGUCCGCGACGACUCGUGCUGAGGUUGAGGGCUUCGCUCCUUCUUCCCAAAGAUGAAAGAGGGUACGGUCGUCUUUGCCGCCUCUCCAGGACUGUUGCUGCCGCCGCCGCCGCCGCUUCAUUGCACAUUCAAGUGGAAAAUUUUCAGGAGUCAGCAGAAACAUUGUGUCCAAAAAAGACUGAGUCGCUGUUACCACCAAACCCAGGAGGAGACUCUCCCUGGAAAACUUCCCUUUGGUUUAUUUUCUUGAAAAGGCUCCAGGCUUCGGCUUGGAAAAUCCAACCGCCAAAAUUGAGCCCAGUAGCUGGAGCGGCAGUGAGAGCCCUGCCGAAAAUAUGGAAAGGAUGAGUGACUCUGCAGAUAAGCCGAUCGACAAUGAUGCUGAAGGGGUCUGGAGCCCCGACAUUGAGCAGAGCUUCCAGGAGGCCCUGGCUAUCUAUCCGCCGUGUGGGAGGAGGAAAAUCAUCUUAUCAGACGAAGGCAAAAUGUAUGGUAGGAAUGAAUUGAUAGCCAGAUACAUCAAACUCAGGACAGGGAAGACGAGGACCAGAAAGCAGGUGUCUAGUCAUAUACAGGUCUUAGCAAGAAAGAAAGUUCGAGAAAUUCAAGCCGCCAUUAAGGUGUCUAGUCACAUUCAGGUUCUUGCCAGAAGGAAAUCUCGUGAUUUUCAUUCCAAGCUAAAGGUAACAAGCAUGGAUCAGACUGCAAAGGACAAGGCCCUGCAGCACAUGGCAGCCAUGUCAUCAGCUCAGAUCGUCUCCGCCACUGCCAUUCACAACAAGCUGGGGCUGCCUGGGAUUCCACGCCCCACCUUCCCAGGGGCACCGGGGUUCUGGCCUGGAAUGAUACAAACAGGGCAGCCAGGAUCCUCACAAGACGUCAAGCCCUUCGUGCAGCAGGCCUACCCCAUCCAGCCAGCGGUCACGGCCCCCAUUCCAGGGUUUGAGCCUACGUCUGCCCCAGCUCCCUCGGUUCCUGCCUGGCAAGGGCGUUCCAUUGGCACAACCAAGCUUCGCCUGGUGGAAUUCUCAGCUUUUCUUGAACAGCAGCGAGACCCAGAUUCGUACAACAAACACCUCUUCGUGCACAUUGGGCAUGCCAAUCAUUCUUACAGUGACCCAUUGCUCGAAUCAGUAGACAUUCGUCAGAUUUAUGACAAAUUUCCAGAAAAGAAAGGUGGCUUAAAGGAAUUAUUUGGAAAGGGUCCUCAAAAUGCCUUCUUCCUCGUAAAAUUCUGGGCUGACUUAAACUGCAAUAUCCAAGACGAUGCCGGGGCUUUUUAUGGUGUAACCAGCCAGUAUGAGAGUUCUGAAAACAUGACAGUCACCUGUUCCACCAAAGUGUGCUCCUUUGGGAAGCAAGUAGUAGAAAAAGUAGAGACGGAGUAUGCAAGGUUUGAGAAUGGCCGAUUUGUAUACCGAAUAAACCGCUCCCCGAUGUGUGAAUAUAUGAUCAAUUUCAUCCACAAGCUCAAACACUUACCCGAGAAAUAUAUGAUGAACAGUGUUUUGGAAAACUUCACAAUUUUAUUGGUGGUAACAAACAGGGAUACACAAGAAACUCUCCUCUGCAUGGCCUGUGUAUUUGAAGUUUCAAAUAGUGAACAUGGAGCACAACAUCAUAUUUACAGGCUUGUAAAAGACUGAACAUGAUUAUUUAUAUAUAUAGAUAUCUGUAUAUACACACACACCUAUGUGCACACACACACUCUCCAUUAUUGAACGACUGACUGUAAACCUCACCACGUGGGUGGUGCCCUGGCCCCGAGGUCACCCCGACUUUUCUAAGUCCUGUUUGAGUGAAGUCAUUUUUUCAUGUGUUCAUACUAUCAUUGUAGCUGUGAAGUUCUGGUACAGUUGUAAAGAGAAAUCAAGUUGUUUCUAUGUGUUCUUCAGAUCUGCAGCCCACAAUUCCUCGGGAAAGGAAAACCUAAACAAUUCAGGUCUCUCUCUGCAGAGACCUGUUUCUUAUUGUGGUAAAAAAUAUUAAGACAGAGCAUUGGCCAUGGGACAUUUACUGCCUUUACACAAAUGUAUUUAGUUCUCUUUUUUUCCAACAUGAAAUUCUUGUUUUAAGAUACAAGUAAAAUUAAUCUUUAAAUAUAAAUGUAAAUUAGUACACAAAACUAAGAAUCUUUAGACUUAUCUUUGUAACUAAUUAGGGUGGAAGUUAUGAAAGAAUGUAAUUCACUAAAUUAUUUUUUAAAUGAAACCUUUCUUUCUUUUUGAAACCAAAUGUUAAACUAUAGCCUUAAGAAAUGCUUGGUAGAAAUAUCCUAAUGAGACAAAUUUGUACUUUUUUCCUCAAGGUUAAAACUAAUCUUCUAAUCCAUUAAACUCUUGAACAGGUAUUACAGAGGAAGAAAACUUCACCCCUUAUCCUUAACAUAUAUAGUAUAUUUAAAAAUGUAAAAUUGUAUUGUACUAAUGUGAUGGUUGAUUAUUUAAUGAAAAAGAAAAGAUGGCUCUUUUUGCAAUAAGUAGAUAAAUACUGAAAAAUCUAAACUUACAAUGUUUAUAGUCUUGUGUGUGCAGUUAUAUUUUAUAUGGACAACCAAAUUUUUUAUUAAGAAGAGUAAACAUUUGAACCACUGAAAUUUAAUAGCAAAAUUUUGAAUCUGGCAUGAAUACUGCACUGUGAGCUGCAAAGUACAGAGAAUCCUGUGGCUGGGAGAAAAUUUCAACAACCAAACAAGUAAAAGGCUCAUCAGGCUUAGCAAUCUCUGCUCCCCAGAAAAUUGUAAGCAUCCCUACCAGCCUGUGGAUAAAUUCUUUAUUUCUGGUGACCCAAUAUGCGUAGGAACCUGCUGUGACUAUAUGUGUAUGAAUGUAAACAGUUAUGUACACAUAUACAGACAUGGUUAUUCAACAUUUGUAACAUCUGUGUAGUGUUGCUCAGCUUGCUAGGUGCUGAUACGUAUGUGUAUCUCAGUCUGCAUCUCUACUUAGAUAUGUUCUCUCUAAGGAUGUCCAUUUCCUUGACAUCUUUCAGUAAGACACAAUGGCCCUUGUUUGACUUAAGUUUAAGAGGCCCAGUGCUCUCACUGUCUCUCUGUUUCUCUCUCUCUUUCUCUUUCUUCUCUCUCUCUCUCACCUUUUCAGAUAGGCUCCUUCAGGAGGUCCUCUUUUUGGGGGAGAUUCAACUUUUCAGUGCAAGUAUUCCAAGCUGGUUUGAUGUGGCCACAUGUCUUGGGUUAUUUUCAUUAUAAGUGCUUCGUUGGAGAGGGAGAAGAGGCUACCCCUCAACUCUCCAGAAGAAAAUUAUGAUUUUUAUAACUUUUAGAAAUAUGUGAACACAGUAGAACAUAAAAAGAAUUUUGUGAGGUGUUCACCCGCUAGGACAUAGUUCUGCCACGGCCAAGUAUCUUACGCACGCACUUCCUCGCCCCACCGUCUGCUCUGACCCUGCUGUACGUUGUCUCAUAUCUUGUGGUCAUGAGUAUGAGGGUUUGCCUGGCUUAUGAUAAGAAGAAAAGCACUGGACUAAACGUGAUGUCUCCCGAAGGCAUCACUGGUCACUGGGAAGACCAGAGAACGUGCAAAACUUUCCCACUUGGAAUGCACAUCCUUGCAUAAACAGUAGGGUGGUGCUCAUCGUCCCUCCCAAGUAAGGCCUGCCUUUGUUUCCUGGUUCCAAGCCAGCCUCUGAGGAACUGCCCUAGCUUCUGCCCUUCUGUCUGGUCUUCAGUCCAAGCUUUAAAGCUUCUUUCAUGGUCAUAAUAUUCAUAAAGACUUCUGUCAGACACUCCUAGGAAAGUUUCUUUGGCUUCUAUUUCCUCCAUCUUUCCUCAACAGAACUCCCCCCCCCACACACACACACACAUGACUCCCCCAGGACAAGACUGUUUGAGUGGGUGCAAAUGACCUCGUGUGGUAUAAAGCCAGGCCAGCCCAAAACUUCAGGGUCAGAAAUGUCUGGUUCAUCCUCCCACACAGGAGUGAGGCUCUAAUGUGCUACCAGGGGGGACUCUUGGGAUUUACUUUCAAAGCACAAAAAAAUUCUAGAACCCAAGAAGACCAGCUAGAGGAUAAGCACUAGCUGCAGAGAAGGCCAUACCUGGCCAGCUGUCUUCACAGGGUCAGGCAAGGUCUUCUGCUGCCUGGCUGCCCACGUCUUCUUUCUCUGAAUGUCCUUGGAGUUCAUUUUGGGGAGUUUACCUGAAUUCCUUGAGAAUUACUUUUAAUUGAAAUUUGCACUUAAAACAACUAAGGUUUUUUAAUCUUCUGCUAAAACUUUUGUCAGGACAGAUAUUUUCCCUAUCUUAACUACUGGUCCAGUUAUUCUAAACUCUGGGGCUUGCUUUCUUUGUCUCUUUCAAAUUAACCCUUUGGGUGGGACUUGUGUCCUCAUACCUAAUCCAAGUCUCCGAUCCUUCCUCCUGGAUGUUUCUUCCUUCUGCCUUUGUCUUGAAAGUUUCCUGAACCAUAAGGAAGCCUUUGCAAAACUGGUCCUCACCUCUCUCCCAGGAGCUCUCUCCUGGUGACCUCCAGUACCAGGUUUGCCUGAGACAUCUUGUGCUUUCACUGCAGAGCUCAGAGGCCAAAUUUUCCCAGGGAGGAGCUGAAGAACAGGGCUCUGUUCUGUUGGAAUUCAUUUUUAUCAUCCUGAGAUACAGUAAAACCAGGACCUCUUCAGGACAUGUCCCUGGCCAGAAUCUCUGGCUUUUCCAGGCUACCUGAGAUGAGGGUUUCUCAGCCUUGAUGCUGUUGACAUUUUGGACCAGAUUGUUCUUUGUUGUGUGGGGCUGUCCCGGGCGUUGCCAGAGGCUUACUAGUGUCUGGCCUCUACCUAGUAGCACCCCUUCACCCAGUUGUCACAACUUGCCAGCGUCCCAUGGAGUGCAGUCACCCCUCAUCAAGAACAGCUCCCCUGCAUCUUGUAGGCCACGUUAGCAUGUUGGUAGUGGUUUCUCCUUCCAUUUCACUGGUAGGAUCUUCUCUCCUGGGAGCCUGUGUCAGGUCCUCAAGAGGCAGGUGGGAAUAUAUUGACAAGUGACAUUAUGUCCAUGUUUCCUCCUGCUCCAAAACUUCUCUCAUUUGACCUUCAUCCCUUAGUUAGCAAGGCUUUUUUUAAAAAAUCCCAGCAAUUUUCAUUAUUUCUUAUAAGCUCAUGAGUCUUCUCAUCAAACCUUUAAUCCUGAUUUAUUUCCUCUGGCUGCUUCUGCUUUCUGUCUUAUGGUCAGUGCUGUUUGUAGAACUCAUCGAAACCUCUCAAACAUUUCUUUUCAUCUUUGGGGAUGGAUCAGGGAAGAAUCCGUUCCAGAAGAGGACUUAAGAGUUUUUCUUUCUUGAGCUAAAAGAGAGUGCAGUGUACCACUCCCCUACCAUUUUGUGAAUGAGGAGGUUGAGGCUGGAGGAGAAAUGAGAUGACUUGCCCAAAGUCACCCAGCUGGCUCGUGACAGAGUAGGGCUGAGGACUUCUAGGGCCCCUGCCUCUUUAAUCCUUGGCCUCUUCCACUGGAGGCCGUUCUUCUUUGGUGCUCUAUGCUUACAUGAUCCCUAAAGAUGUAUGGACACGGUUGGUUCAGAAGAGAGGGGAGAUUCAGAAUGCCCUGUGCAGGAGCACCAGGUCCCCUGUGCUGCUUCCCAUGGGGUUGUGCUGUGCCUGGCCAUGGCUGUCUGAGGCACCCGGCGCAGGUAGGAAAGCUGAUGAGCCUUUUCGCCUCCUCUGAGGACAAUUCACCUGCCACAGGCUCUCAGUCAAAUUUUUAUUUCCUAAGCAUCCCAGCAGCAAAGUCCUGCCCUCAGACCAGCCAAAAAAAUAGUCCCCGAUCUGAACACUUGGUGUUUAAAGUCCCCACGUGACUUUUAAACCCAAGUCUUCAUUAGAUUUCAAUACUGUGGUAGUUUUAGCCAUUAUUUUUUUGUGUGUGUAACCGUCAAUUAUUUAAAUCACAUGACAAUUUUACAAACCAGGUACAUAUCAUUUGUAUGAUUUUGUAUAUGCUCUGGUACACUACACCUGUCCCAACGAAGAGUAGAGCUGAUUGUUUGUUGGUGUUUGCACCUGUGACAUUAGGGGGGCGUCUGCAUUGCUAUUUCUCUAUGUUGACGUUUCUGUGGCAAAGCCCUGCACGUGUCAUUUCUGAAAAGCCUUAAAUCUUGGAGACGUUGCGUGUCGGGUCUGUAGUGCAAAAGGCUGCCUCGGAACCGUGAGCCCUUUUGUAAGCUGGAAGCAUUUCUCUUACUACUGUUACUUUUUUAGGAAGUUUUCAAUUCAGAGCUGCCAAAGCGUUCCAGUAAGCAGUGCCUUAGCAAUACCUUAGUCCUACCGCCAGCCUUUUCUCACGCCUAGACUCCCUGUCCAUUUACCAAUUGGCCCAGGACAAGCAAAAUUUGUUUUUGUUUUGUUUUUGAAGCCCACCAUUUUUCUUCAGUUCUCUAAGAAACUGACGACUUGGCCUGAAAUCUGAAGCCGGAAUCCAAGUCGGUUCUUUGACCACUGCUCUCCAAUGUAUAUACCAAAACAAAAGGUUGCAACUUUGUAGUUUACUAUGAAAAGCAAAUUGUACUUUUAUUGUUGCCUUUUAAAUUCACGACCAAAUACUUAGCUAUUUGUGAAUCUUCUGCACUCUAGCAUGAAAGUGCCUUUGGUUUGAGAUUCCAGCUUAGAAAAGUGCUGCCAUAAUAACGAUAAUUUGUAGAGAGACCAAAAAUAUUUUGAGAUCACCGUAAUGCCUUUGGUUUACCGGGAUGAGCAACCAACCACAGGCCUCUGUUCACAAGAGCACCACGUGGUCGUGCCUGCCUGCUUGCCCGUGGGGGCCCCUCCACCACCCUCCGUAGCACACUGCCGCAGGAGCGACCCGGACACUGUUGUGUUUGUGCGUGCCGAUGACCCGGCAUGUCGUUUCAGCCCAUCACCCAGCCCUGCAUCCGGAUGAAGGAAUUUCCACACCAACAACAGGAUCUUGGCCGGUGGACAGAUACUACAUACAGCUUCUGCCUUCUCCGCGUGUUCGUGUUCAGUCUCUGUGGAGACUCCUUUCCAUUCAAAUGACAGUGCGCACUUAACUGGUUUACACAGUGAUACCAUUUCGAAAGUUGGAAGCCUCAAACUGAGAUGACAGUGCAGAACAAAAUGUGUUAGGGUCAUUACAAUUGAAGUGUUCUUCUUAGGGCAAAAGCGUUGCCUCGAGUGUUGUGUAUGGGUGUGCUAUGAAAACCUUCCAAAGAGCACCAUUCACAAUUCGGCGUGUUCAAAGAAUGUUCCAGCCCUCCAGGGGGCAACUCCUUUUAAAAGUCUGUGUCAGCUUAUAACAAACCCUUGUGUAGCAUGGGAAGACUAUAGAGGUAAGGAAGAGGAGUGAAAAGGUCAAGGAGGCAAAAAAACAAUAAUAAUAAUAAUAAUUAAAAAUAAAAAUAAACAGAACACCAGCCAAAAAGAAGCCAGGAAAAUUAAAAAAAAAAAAAAAGAUUAUUCUUUGCUAAUAUAGAUGUAAAAAUAACAGAUAACUUUGGAAGUUAGCCUCUUAAUACAUAUGUUCCAUCUGUCACUACCUGGUGUCUUUAAGAAUAGCCUCUCCAGGCUGAUACUUCAGGAGUGGUUUCUCUCCACCCCAAGUUGUGAGUAUUUAUUUAUAAGAGUUAUGUGUAAAAAAAAAAAAGAAAGAAAGAAAGAAAGAAAAAGAAAAGAAACACUAGUAAAUGAACAAGAAAAUUACACAAAGUUCCAGUCAGCUGCUCAAAUUCUCUGCUCCUCCCUGUCAGGACUAUACCACAACUUGGAAGGAAUUAGUCAAAUGCGUGUUUUCCUGCUUCACUUUUCAGCUGUUCCUGUGUUUGGUUUGAUAACAGUUUUCUCAUAAACUCUUUGCUUAUGUCAUUUGGAAUGAAGGUUUUAUGUUUAAAGUUGACUGCAUUGCGGAGGGUAGUCUCAUUGAAGUCAUGCACCAUUAAGUAAGAUGAAAUACUUGUAUUUAUUGCCCCACUUCCUAAGCUGUAACUGUUUACUCUGAAUUUGCAUCGCGUCACGCUGCAUCGUUUCUGUGUUGCAAACAGCAUUUACACUCCCUCCCUUCAUCAUCAGAUGGGGUAGAUUCCAUUUGAUUCCACCUCUCUCGGGUUAACUGUCUGCCUUCCACAAGGAGAUUGCUUCUGCUUCUCCUUUCUGUAAGAGAGGCAGACAGAAUCCAGGUGUCAAUCAGUUGGAAACCAAUCCCUGAUGUUCUUUUUCCAUUUUUUUUCUUUUGGCAUUAAUCAUUUUCUGUGAUUAGUUUCACUGUGUAAAUUAGAUAUUAACUGCACUUCUUUUAAAAAGAUGUACAUCUCCCUGUUACCUCCUUGAAAUAUUUACUUCUGUAGGCCUUUUUCAAUAGGCUUAAUGACUGCAAACAAGGAAAAAAAAAAGUAAAAACAAAAACAGUACGUGCCUGAAAAAUGACAAAAAAAUUUUUUUGUAACAUUUAAAAAAGAAACCUGAAUAGCC